CGUCUGAUGUGAUAAAAAAGACAGCCAGGAGGUGGCGAAGAGACCGAGUCGCUGAGCUGUUCGAUGUCCGGUGCAGAAAUGGACCCAGUGCAAGACGUGUGUCGCGAGCCUCUUCCGAGCACGGGAUCGCCGCCCCCUUCGCGGCCCGAGCCGUCCACGAGCGCCGGCGGCAGCAGCAGCAGCCGCGGGAGCCCGGACCUUCCCUCGGGCUCGGCGGACGGCGAGGAGCACAAGGGCGGCAGCAAGCAGCAGCAGGCGGCCGCGGCGGCCGCGGCGCAGCAGAGGCGCAAGAAGAAGACGCGGACUGUGUUCACGCGCAGCCAGGUGUUCCAGCUGGAGUCCACCUUCGACAUGAAGCGGUACCUGUCCAGCUCGGAGCGGGCGGGCCUGGCCGCCUCGCUGCAGCUGACCGAGACCCAGGUGAAGAUCUGGUUCCAGAACCGGCGCAACAAGUGGAAGCGCCAGCUGGCGGCCGAGCUCGAGGCGGCCAACCUGGCCCAGCAGCGCAUGGUGCGGCUGCCGGCCGCCGCGGCGGUCCUCUACGAGUCAGCCGCGCAGGACGCGGCCGCGGCGCUCGGCCCCUUCUACUACCCGGGGGGGCCGCCGCCUCCGCCGCUGUGAGGAAGGGAGCUGCAGCGUGUACAUAGACCCUUCCGCUCCUUUUUGUACCUCCCUCCUGGCCCCUGCCUCUCCGGAACGAUGAAUAAACGCGA